GGACGCACCAGCCCCAGCACCAGCUCCUCUUCAGAGGACCCUGAAAACUCCCCGGAGGCUGAAAGCACCAACACGAGCAGCACCUCCUCCUCGGAGGACACUGAUAGCUCGGAGGAGUCCGACACUACCAGGUCGACCAGCAGCUCUUCCUCGGAGGACUGCAGUAGCUCCCUGGAGUCCAGGACCAGCCUGGCCCCCGAUGACACCCGCACAAUGAUUCCCAGCCCGGCGAGCGAGGAGCUGGAGGAAGAGGAGGAUGAAGAGGAGGAGGCGGAAGAUGGAAGGUCCCCGGAAGAAGCUGCCCUUCUCCUUGUGAAGAAACACCUGCAGGACCCAGGGGAGAUGUUGGACGGGAAGGACAGGCAGCGCUUUCUGCUGGCAAUUAUUAGCCUGAGCACAGCCGCGGACAGCAACAGAGAGGUGGCUGUGGAGCUGGAGAGCCUGAAAGUGGCCAUGCUGGAGAAGAUCGUAGACCUGAUGGAGAACAUCUCAGUGGAGGCCGACCGAAAACACAUCCUGGCGUACAGCAUAGACGCCAUCCGCUGCCUCAGUGACCCGAAGCUCAGCCUGGAGCCAGCGCUGGAGUCGCGCCUCCUGCGGGCCGCCGUGGACAAGAGCUUCCUGGCCAUAAGGCGUGAAACCCAUCGCAACCAGGUCAUGCAGCGGCUGUACGAGGAGUACCUGGAGGGCCUGCUGUGCUGCGUCUUGUCCAGCGCCCCCAGCCUGGGCAAGCUCUACUUCAUUUGGGAGCACUUUACAUCAUGGAUUGAGCCAUCGGAUGCCCAGCACCGUGCACUGGGCAUGAAGAUGUUUACUGGUGUCAUUGCCUUUGCUGUGCAGCUCCUCCCACAGUUUGAGGCCUCCCCUGACAUACCGGAGGUUGGGGCCCACCUGGGUCUGGUGAUCAACAACCCGGAGGAGACCAUCAGCUGCAAGGCCAGGGCGGGCAUGUAUUUGCUCGCUCAAAUCCUCCUUCAUCAGAGGGGCCAAGACAUGCGAGGGGCAGAGGAGCUGCGGUACAAGUGUGAGAUGGAGCAGAGCCAGGUCCAGAAGUACAGGGACCUGGCGAAAGUGGGAGAGGUGAGGAUAGUGUGA